GUAGAGUACGUAUCUUAUCUGGUGACAGUGUGACACUGGACGAACACCGAAAAACUUGUGGAGCAAAUGGCGAAGAAAGGGGAAGUGGUCUGCGUCACCGGCGGUAGCGGAGGCAUCGGUUCCUGGCUGGUUCGCCUCCUCCUAGAGCGUGGCUACACCGUCCAUGCUACCGUCAAAGAUCUCAACGAUGAGAAAGAGACGAAGCAUUUAGAGGCCAUGGAAGGCGCCGAGUCGCGCCUCACUCUUUUCCAAAUCGAUCUCCUUGACUACAACUCCAUUUUGGCUGCCGUUUCCGGCACUACCGGCGUUUUCCACCUUGCUUCACCCUGUACUGUUGAUGAAGUCCAUGAUCCCGAGAAAGACCUACUGGACCCGGCCAUUAAAGGUACAAUCAAUGUACUGACGGCUGCGAAGGAGCUCGGAGUUCAGCGAGUGGUGCUGACUUCUUCCAUUUCGGCUAUUGUUCCUAGCCCUAAUUGGCCGGCUGAUGUUGUUAAGAAUGAGGAUUGUUGGACGGAUGUAGAAUACUGCAAACAGAAAGGGAGAUGGUAUCCGCUUUCAAAAACACUUGCAGAAAAGGCUGCUUGGGAGUUCGCGAAGGAAAAAGAUUUAGAUGUUGUUGUUGUGAAUCCCGGAACUGUGUUGGGUACUUAUAUAACCCCAUCACUGAAUGCAAGCAUGACAGUGCUUCUUCGUCUGCUUCAAGGUUGGACUGACCCACAAGAAGAUUUCUUCAUGGGAGCUGUCCAUUUCAAAGAUGUAGCGCUAGCACAUAUACUUGUUUACGAGACUGCUUCAGCAAAAGGAAGGCACCUUUGUGUUGAAUCAAUAUGUCAUUGGAGUGACUUUGCAGCUAAGGUUGCUGAAUUAUACCCUGAAUACAACAUACCCAGGUAAUAUAAUGCCAUGAUUUAUGUAUUGUUACUAUCUUGUUUGUCCAUUAAACCAUACUACCCAUUUCCUAAAUAAUUUGCAAACUUUUGUUUUUGGCCCAGCCUCGCAUUGGUCUACCCGUCCCAAAAUUACCCCUAUCAUUUAUGUGGUUUAUAUUAUCUCUCACCUCUAAAAAUUCAUCAACGAAAUUUCAUUUACUUGAUCUCCUUGUAAAAUUGGGGUUUAUUUAGAGACAGAGGAAGUGAUAGUUUUCAUGUUGUCCUGUUUUUGCCCUUUUUUGUUAAAAAUGAAUGAAAUAAGAUGCUACUGCGAUGUUUGGAUGAUUUUGUGAAGGUUUCCCAAGGACACUCAACCUGGUCUGUUGAGGGCCAAGGAUGGAGCAAAAAAGCUUAUGGAUUUGGGUCUACAGUUCAGUCCCAUGGACCAGAUUAUCAAGGACUCUGUUGAUAGUUUAAAGAACAAAGGAUAUCUGUCUUAGAGCAUGCAUGUAAUUAUUACCUCUGUUGUAUCAAUAUCGAAUGGACAACCCUCAUUGGGGGGGGGGGGGGUCAAGAUGUUGUUUGUGGCUCAAUAAACAUAAGUACAUAACUGAUUGUGACUCCUUAAGUACGGAAUAAUGUAUAGGCUCUUUAUUUAAGCCCACGCCUUGACAAAUGUUUUAUGGAAUUUGCUUCUUGCUGUCAAAA